AUGAGUAAGCUGCAGCAAAAAAAAGGAAGAGGCAGUGUUCGCCAGGAUGAAAAUUUGCGAAGAGGAAGUAGAAAACGCGCAAGGGCGGGCAGCACGAGCGACACAUCAAAGCGCACGGUCGCAGCACUAGAAGAAGACCGGUGGUCCUCGACAACGGCUUGCGGCCAGCCAGGAUCCCGAGCAGAUCUCGAGCCAUCAUGAGCGAAGGCGGAGAGGAGAGUCUCAUGAUGAGCGAUGAUGAGCCGAGUUUCAGCAGCAGUCAACGCACCGGCAUCCGUGAGGACACCAGCGAAGAGGACUACCCCGAUGCGGUCAUCCCCAUCAUCUGCUGCUGCAUCCUGGUCCUGCUCAUCAUCAUGAUUAUUCUCCUCAUACUUGUCUCCGACGUGUAUAUCACCGACUACGAUGAAGGCGCUGAUACGGCGAGCGCGACGUACAAGAAAGUUCAAAUCACACCACCACCCCCUACCACGACGACCAUUGCAACUACAGCGCACAUCCCUAAUCCCGGUGGUAGUGUAUCGGGAUAUCCUGGUGGUACAGUAACGGGACAUUCCGGCGGUCCUCCACCGGGACAUCAUGGCCGUCCUUCGUCGGGACAUCCAGGCGGUCCUCCAUCGGGACAUCCUGGCCGUCAUCCAUCGGGAUAUCCUGGAGGUCCUUCGUCGGGACAUCCUGGCGGCCCUCCGUCGGGACAUCCUGGAGGUCUUCCGUCGGGAAGCCCUGGCGGUCCUCCAUCCGGACGUCCAGGAGGUCCUCCAUCAGGACGUCCUGGCGGUCCUUCAUCGGGACAUCCUGGUGGUCCUCCAUCGGGACGACCUGGCGGUCCUCCAUCGGGACAUCCUGGUGGUCCUCCAUCGGGACGACCUGGUGGUCCUCUUCAUCCUGGUGGUCCUGUAUCCGGACGUCCCGGUGCUCCCGUACCCGUCCGUCCUGGUAUUCCCGGCGCCACUCCUGUUGGACCGGGCUCUGUGUUACGUCCAACACCGGCGAGGACACCACCCAGGCCACCGACGCCAAGGCCUACGCCUCGAAGGCCACCGACGCCAAGGCCUACGCCUCGGAGACCGCCGACGCCAAGGCCUACGCCUCGAAGGCCGCCGACGCCAAGGCCUACGCCUCGGAGACCGCCGACGCCAAGGCCUACUCCUGCUAGGCCGCCGACGCCAAGGCCUACUCCUGCGAGGCCGCCGACGUCAAGGCCUACUCCUGCGAGGCCGCCGACGCCAAGGCCUACGCCUCGAAAACCACCAACGCCAAGGCCUACUCCCGCGAGGCCACCAACCCCAAGGCCUACUCCCGCGAGGCCACCGACGCCAAGGCCUACUCCCGCGAGGCCACCAACGCCAAGGCCUACUCCCGCGAGGCCACCAACGCCAAGGCCUACGCCUCAGAGGCCACCGACGCCAAGGCCUACGCCUCAGAGGCCACCGACGCCUAGGCCUACUACCGCGAGGCCGCCAACCCCAAGGCCUCCACCUCCAACGCCACCGACACAAAGGCCUGCUACCACAAGGCCGCCGACUACAACGCCGUCACCGCCUACAACUCGAACACCGGUGACUUCGAAGCCACCGCCAACCUCUCCAUCCACUACGACUGGGCCGCCGACAACACUAGCGUACGACGUCACGCCUAGCCCAGGAAAACCACCUCGCAACUUCACCCUGAUCUGCGUCUUCGAGUACAUCACGGUGGAGAUCUGGAGCAAGACGGAUCAGUGCACCGACUACGUCUACAUCCGGGCAUUCUACUACGCCAUCAAAGUCAACCAUGAGCCGCUCAUUUUUGACAAGAAGACGUUGAUGCGGAACACUCACAAACUGUACUACGACGACCAGUACUACUGGCAGAAUCUGAGCCUGGCGGACCAGAGGGUGAACCGUGUCAUGCGCCGGUUCACUCACGCCGACUGGUACCUCGGCAUGUGGGGCGCCGUCUACAUGCGCCUCGUGUCAAGCUUUUGGCAGACCGGCUUUAUACGAGACGCCCUCCACAACUUUACGCGUCGGCCAUAUUUCGGCCCGAUCAACACGACCCGGUUCAACGGAUUUGCGAUAAUCAACACGAUAAUCCAGAACGACCGAGGAGACGCUCUGAUCGAAGAACACUUCAAGUGGGGCAUCUUCCGAGGAAAUUUUAAACCAAUCAUACCGCCUGGCUGGAGCUACAUACACACCGGCGCCGUGUGGCCGGAUGCGGAUGACGUCAUCGAGAAGCACGUCAGGAACAUCCUCAGCGUCCCUGACAUCGUGGGCCUCAGCACGAGCAACACGACCGAUGAACCCAACACGGUGCAGUUCGUGGGUUCCAGCCCUCGUUACCUUUGGGCAUCGCCUCCGAACCCGAUUCGUGGAAUUCUCCCCGGCAUCAGAGGCAUGUUGGACAUGCUGCAGGAAUUCCCGCGCUGGAAGCAGGUCCUGAAAAAAAACAAGCUAUGUUUCUCGGUCUCCUCGUCGAUAAACUACGCCAAGAACCUCAACCGGGACAUCGACUUCAGGGUGGACAUGGAGGACAAGGAUGAGAGCGUCAUCCGAUUCACUCGAUAUAGGUUCACUACCAAAGACAGCCGCACGAAGGAAUACCCGUUGCAAGAGUUCGACUUCAAGUACGAGUUCAAUAACCCCACCCACACGCACUUUUGGAAUGUGCACGUCGGGGGCAACCUGAAAGGGUUCUUCGCUUACGACGACGCCAGCACACUCGAUUACAAGAUUAAGGAGCUACUGAACGCCUACCCGGACGACCGAUGCGUCGUGUUCGACGACCUCGGAGACGACGUGUGGGAGGCUAGCUUCAGCCACAAGGGUCACACGGUGUCCUUCAAGAAGUACGAGAUGCUCCACGUCAUCGCAAGCGCCAUGGUGCAGAGAUACGGCAAUGCGUUCCCGCCGAAAUAUUACUAGGGUGCUCAGCGGGCGCCUCCUGGCGGUGCGCGCCGAGCAAGGACGCUAAUCGACGCGGUCGUCGUGCAGCCCGAAGGGGUUGGGACUCUGUGCGUUCGGCGAUCAACGCCUCAAGUAUUGCGACUUCCAGAAAAAAAAUAUAGUGACAGAGAUUACAUAUACCCAGGGCGCGAUUUAAUGAAAUCAAAUUUUUUCGA